UGCUGAGAGAGGGUGGAUAAAUUGAGGCAGGUGAGAGUGGACACGAGACACAGAGAAGGAGCUCGACAGGCAUCGGCAGCCCACCUGCGUUCAGCUCCACUUUUAAAAGACUCCUAAAAGGAGGACAUUGCAUUAUCAAGAGGAUUGCUGACAGCUCCUGAGCUGAUAAUGCAUUUGUGUCCUUAGGGAGGUGAAGUGAUGAGAAGAUAAAAGAAGAAUCACUGGAACAGGGAUAACACUAAAGCUCAAGUCGUCAGAACAGGCCCAGUGGAGCGAUGACUUUUAGAGAGCCUAGAAAGGGUUUCUGAAGGACAGUGGUGCUGACGUUGGCAGAAACAAGGACAACAAAGCAGUCUGUGUCUUACCAACAUUGGCUCUUUCAAGUGGUCUUGACCUUUACUUAACUGAAUCCGCACGAGGAAGAAGGUGGAGGACCACAUUCCGGUGAGAUGGAGCCGAGCCCAGUGGUGUGGCACACCCAGGGGGUCUUGCUGGAAACUGACCUGGAGAAGGCAGGCUCUCAUCCCGAGUGCUCCAUCUGCUUCAGCACCUAUGACAAUGUCUUCAAAACGCCAAAACAGCUGGACUGCACUCACACCUUCUGCCUUGAGUGCCUUUCCCGCAUCAUGGCUACCUCCUUGGACCCUCAAAACUCUAAAAUCUCCUGCCCCUUCUGCCGCCACCCCACUACCAUCCCAAAAAGGGGGCCUCCAGCUUUGACCACCAGCCAGGAGGUGCUGUGUCGCCUGCCCGCCAACCAGCAGCAGGAAGAGCCUGUGUGGCUGGACGGGGAGAGGUUGUGCUACCAGCGGCCGAUAGACAUGCCAGGCCUGCCAGCGUUCUGCAUCUGCGUCGAUAUUGGGGCCAGUGGGCAAAGUGGCGUACCUUCAUCCCAAACUCGACCACGACUUGGGCUUCUGGAACGGUUGAUGGACUGGAAGCGUUUGCUGAUCUUUAUAUUCCUUAUGUUGUUGCUGCUGGGGAUCAUUUUGUGGCCCUUGCAGUGCAUCGUCACGACGGGCUCCGUCCGUUGUUCGUCCCAUAACCUGCAGAUGCCUACUACUACAGCUUCUACUACAGUACCAAACUCACAUUAGUAACAUGAGUGAGACAGACAUGUCUAGAUGGAUGUCGGACUUGCAAAACCAGGUUGGUUGGUGUCCGUUUACCUCCAUACGUCUUUGCUAAGCCUGUUGGGUGCUAAAAGAGUUAACAAACAGCAAUGCUGCUGUAGAGACUGAGGAACUGCAUCAGUAUCAUUAUUAUAUCUUGUGGCAAAGCUUAGCCAGUGCAUGACAAAACUGACUGAUGGCUAAAUGGCUGCCUACAUUGAUCAAAACCAUUUUUUUUGAAAAACAACAGCAAAAAGAGUGUAAAAAAAAGGUCUGUAGCGAUACAUGAAGCACUGCUCACACAGAAGUCACUUUCAAACCAAGCAAGCAGCUUUCUAUUUCUAAUCUAUUACGUGACCAACAUGAACACGAGUGAAAUCUGCAUGGGGAAAUGGGGAAAAACUCCCAUUCGCAUGGAUUUCUAUUGAAAGACUGGAUUUUGCCCACAAAUCUCCAACAAGCGAUGGAAAAUGUGAACUUAAUCCAAAGAAAACUGAAUAUUUUCUACUUGUACAUAUUUUAUUUCAUUGUAUUCCAUCCAUGAAAUGUUUUUGUUUAAAAAAACAAAAAAAUAACUGUAGCUGCAAACGGCACACGGAAGUUCAAGGAAUGGUGUCAUGGACUGUUUUUCAAUUUUAAUAGGCGCAAUAUAUGUGAUAUCACUGAUAACACGGGCAGAAAAGAAAAAGCAAACAGAUUAACGUGGCCGUAAUUUAUCACUUCCUGCUCAGGGACGGUUAAACAAAACAAGCCUCAAAGAAUAACCGUUUGAAACCUAAGCCCUACAGCGACGUGUCCUGUGAACAGUCACACCCACACUCAUGUAAACUGCUCCACCAUGUGUGUGUGUUUGUUUUCUAGGAAUGGAUUAUUAGCUAGCUAACUACUUCCAGGUGUUUUUAUGAGAAACGAAAUGUCAAGAUAUUAUUCAUUAAUAUACCCUAAAGAGAGAAGGAAAUUAUAAAGAGGAAAAGAAAUAAUAUAUGGGGCAGUAGCUGUUUGUAACGUGAAAUGAGUCAGAGACAACUUGUUGAAAGUUCCCAGUGUAUGCUUUAUUAUUCAAUAACUAAUCCUGUAUUCUCAUUUGAGAUGCAAGACAAUACAUCGGCUGUAUUUUCAAGGGCAAAAGGCAUUUUAGGCUGAACCAGUGCAAGAGGAAACACAGUCUUUACCACACAAGGACAGUCAGCACAACACGAUUCAGAUCAAACCUACCGAUCACCAACUGAGAUUAAAAAACAACAACCCACCAACAACAUAGUAUUCAAGUAAAUUUAAAGAGAAGACUUCAAAAUUGUUAUAAAGCGAGCAGAGUUUUAUAACUGUUGAUGUCUUGUAUAAUAAUUAAUAAUAAAUGUUAACAAAUCAUUCUAAAACAAUAUGCUAAACAGCUUUGAAUAUUUCCAUCACUGUAUUAACAAACAAGUGAAAUGUAUAAUUUACAACAAAUAAUUAAACGCAAAACACUACACUGAUGUCAAAUCAACAGAUAUUCAUUAUAUAUACCUCCGAACAAAAGGACAUUCUGGCAGCCAUGGACACUAUACCUUUCAGCAGUUCAAGUCUUAAUAUGUCACUCAGUUUUUGACCUUUUACCCAUUUUCACAAAGGGAAAAAAAACACAGCAAAUGAACAGUUUCAAAGCGUUCAGACGCCAGUAGCACAUUGCUCUCACAUGAUCAGGUGCAUAAAUCACAUACAAUUCAUUCAAUCAGUCAGUCAUUCCAAGGACAAUGAUUAUCAUAUGCAGUGACAUUGCUUUUAUUACCUAGCAAACCGAUUCUCUAGUACAUUUUAUC